AUGGCGAUUAAUUAUGGAAGCGUUGAAUAUCCAUUUGCAGCAUUAAGCAAAAUGAUUCCUUAUAGCCCCAAGCAAAUAGCUGAUCAUUGGUGGAAUGCUUUGGAUCCUCGUAUAAGCAAAGUACCUUUCUCAAAAGAAGAGAAGGAUUUUAUAUAUGCAUGGGUCGAGAAAUAUUCAAAACCACAAGAUACUAUCCAAUGGAAAGAUUUACAGCCUAUAAUGGAAGCCAAGUUUGGUAAAUUUCGUUCGCGUAAUGAUCUAAAAAACGUUUGGAACGCUAAGAAAAGACGAAUUAAGAGAAUUAAUCGAGUAUCAAGCGAAGUUAAUUCCAUUUCUCCCGAUGACGAAUAUGAAUACGACGAAGGGAAUGAAAACAAUUGA